AUGGGUGACAACAACCAAGCUACCACCGGCUUCGACUCUGCCGCCAAUGCUCCCGAUGCUGCUGCCUGGGACAAGGGCAAGGGCAAGGCCACAGACCCCGCUCAAGACAUGCGCAUGGACGAUGAUGAGAGUGACGAGAGCGAGGUCGAAGAAAUGGACGAUGAAGACAACGACAACCUCGAGCCCAUCUCUUCUGAGAACAUCAUCUCCGGUGGCCGCCGUACACGCGGCAAGAACAUUGACUUCCAAGCCGCCGCUGAGAGUCUGAAGGAUGAUGGCAUGGACGAGGAUGAUGACGAGGACGACGACUACGUUGGCGCUGGUGAUGACGACGAGGACAACAAGAUGCAGGAUUAG